AAGACAGCAGGAAAUCCUGGAUUCAAACCUCUAUUGGGUUUUUGUUUUGCUUUUGUUUCCUUUCAUUUUGCCUUAAGAAGAUGAACAAUGAAACUGCAACCCUGAUAUCCUUGAAAGAGACGAUGAAAAGAGUAGACCACAAACUCCAAGCUUUAGAAGCACAGUUUAAAGAACUGGACUUCACCAAGGAUAAUCUGACACAGAAAUUUGAACAUCAUAGCAAAAUGCUGGCAAGCCAGGCAGCCCAAAAUGAGCUGUGGACAGCAGUUCUGGCACUCAAGUUCACUUCAAUGGAAUUAAAUAUUAUAUACAGCUAUGUCGUGGAAGUACUCAUCUGCUUGCACACUCAUGUGCUUGAGAAGCUGCCAGACCUGGUGAGAAGUCUUCCUACCUUAGCCUCCGUCCUUAGAAGAAAAGUCAAGAACAAGCGCAUUAGAGUUGUAUGGGAAUCUGUCCUGGAGGAGUGUGGGCUGCAAGAAAGAGAUACCACAGCACUUUGUACCUUCUUUAUUGCACAUGGUAACAAGGCAGAACACUACAGUGCCAAAGUGAGACAGAUGUACAUCAGGGAUGUCACUUUCAUGAUCACCAACAUGGUAAAGAACCAGGCUCUGCAGAAUGCUUUGCUGAUGGCUGUCCAGCUCAUUGAGAAGGGGAAAGCAGUGACAGCCCCUGGAGAGCAAAAGUCAUCCCUAAAAGAGUUGAUGCCAAUUGUCAAAAACUAGCCUUUUCCCUUAUGACAUAGCAAUUCCACUCCCAGUAAUUUAUCUUGCAAAUGGGGAAAAAAUAUGUAUGUACAAUUUUGCUAUGGACUUACGGUAUUUUUAUUAUAGCAAAAGUUGGGAGAGUAUUAGAGAAAUUAUGAUAAAUUGAUACAAUGGAUAUUUCUGUAUAGUCAUACAAAAGAAUGAAGAAGCUCUUUGGGUUUGGUUCAAUAAAUAGAGCAUCUGCCUGUGGACUGAAGGGUCCCAGGUUUGAUUCUGGCCAAGGGCACAUGCCUAGGUUGUGGGCUCGAUCCCCAGUAGGG